CCUAGCUUAACUCGGCCCAACGUCAAAGUCUAUCUACUAUUGCCAAAACGUAUUGUUCGAUAUACAACACCAUUAGAACUACUUUCUUGUCCUACACCCAGACGAUCAUAAUGGGCCUGAUACUGAAUCCUGGGGCUUAUGGACCCUUACCGACCUUCUUCAAUGAAAAGCAAGAAAUCGACUACGAAUCCUAUGAGAAGCAUUUACUCAAUCUUGCUAGAAGAGGAAUCAAUCCUGUGUGCGCGGGGUCGCUUGGCGAAGCUGUACACUUGUCUCCAGAGGAACGGGUGGAUCUCAUCAAAUUCAUACGACGCACACUCGACGAUGCUGGCUUGACGGACAUGCCCAUUGUGGCAGGUGUGGGCGGUUCAAGUACCAGAGAAACAGUCAAACUCGCACAUGCGGCUGGCAAUGCCGGAGCAGAUGCAGGUCUAGUCAUCCUUCCUGCUUAUUACGCUGCCAGCUUGAGCACCGACCAGGACCAGAUCAUUCAAUAUUACGUCGAUAUCUGCAAAGAAUCGCCUAUUCCACUCUUUCUGUACAACUUCCCAGCGAAUGCGGGAGGAUUGGACAUGUCAUCGGCUGUAAUCGAGGCUGUGAUACGCCAGGCACCCAACUUGUGCGGCGCCAAACUCACCUGUGGCGGUAGUGUUUCGAAGCUGGUCCGCCUCUCAUCCUUUAUCAAUAGCGAGCCGUCUGUCAAUACAUCCCGCCCAUAUCCAUUCCUUCUCUUGGAUGGGCUGAUCUCUGAUCUAACACCGUGGAUGAAAAGCGGCGGCCAUGGCACCGUCAGCGGCAUACCCAACUUUGCCCCGGCUGCGUCUAUGCGGCUGUGGGCACUCCUAAUCAAGCCCAAUUUGACAGAAGAUGAAAGACAAGAAGCAGAUAGGAUUCAAUACAUUCUGUCUAAUGCUGAUGUGGCAGCUGUGCCUGCAGGUGUAAGGGGAAUGAAAUAUGUUUUGCACAAGUUACAUGGGUAUGGGAUAGACCCUAGACGGCCCUUGUUGAAACUGGGAGAAGCUGAAGGAGAAAGGUUGAUGUCACAAUUUGAAGAAAUGAUCCAAUUGGAGGCUAAGUACUCCAAGACAGCGUAGUCUAUAGAUUUAGAGACUAAUGGCAUGGAACAAAGGCUUUGUGAAACGAUGCCAUACCAUGUCCUUGAGUGUCUUCAAUCUAAGCUCAGGCUACUGAUAGAUGCUCGAGUCUCCAUAGUGCAUAUGGGGGAGUUUUCUCUGAUAAGCUAAUGUAAAUAAGAGUUUUCUGACUUGUGCAAAAUCUCAAGUAUCGUCAUAUCACUGCUUGGAUAAAUCAUGUUAUUGAGUAUUGGUAUUAAGUAUGACAUUGCCAUCAAGACAUUCAUGAAACUAGUGCUGAUAUAGGACACCGUCAUCACGAGCUAAAAG